AAUAUUUCCCGUCAGUAUCCAAGCACCAGAGUUGCUUUUCUCCGCCACGGCUGGCUAAUUCUCGUUCCUCUCACUUUGCUCUUCCACGUCCCCGACCGUCUUCAACUUCCCUGUCCCCACCAAGUUAAACACCCAUUCUCUGUCACUAUGACGUCCCAAAGUAAUAUCGACAGCUCUGAAGAGACGGAACGCUCAUUCGUAUCCUCGGCGCUGCGAAAUACCGAUGGAACCGACCGGUACACCACAGGAACGGACCUGACGGAGUUGCCCGCAGAUGUCGUCCUCCAGCAAUCACUCACUUUGAACUCGGUCAUCUCGACGACGUCUUCUUUUGCCAGGCGCGCCUCGCAUCCGUCCUCUCACCUCGAGUUCCAGCAACCCAUCCAGAUUGGAGAGGGCAAGCAAGGUGCCAUCUUUGAGAAGGGUGGAUUCAGCGUGGCCACGAAGAAAGAGAAGCCAGGAAACGAAACGCUGCGAUCGAAUCUGCAAAAUGAAUUCCGUCUCCACCUAAAAGUCCUGGAUGCUUUCCGCCGCUAUAUCGACUUGAUUGAUGACAGCGUGCUGGUGCCUCGUCCGUUCGUCAUGGUUCACAAGUCGGACAUGAAGUUCCCGGAGGAAGGGCUCGACGAGUUUCCGGAAGGAUACCGCACGCCCAGCGAUAGGUUCAUGAUGGAGAGAAUCCUUCCCCUUCCCAAGAUCGUCAGGCGAGCUUUGGUCACGCUAUUCUAUCCGCGCGAGACAGGGACGGCGGUUGAUCAGGCCACCAUCAACAGCAUUCUGAACCACACCCCGAACAAGCACUGUCUUGCCCGAACAUACCUGGGGAAGGAUGAUGGAACGUUUGAGAGGGACAACUUUUCCCUGAGGAAUUUCCCCCUCUUCCUGAAAUCGAUUGAGCAACUUGGCCCGGAUCCGACCGCGCUGGCCUCUAACAUGGGCAAAGCGUUUGCAAUCAUGCACUGGGCCGCAGGUGUGAACGGCGACGACGUCGAGUUUGUUCUCGGGACAUCACAAGAGCUGGUCCUCCCCCGGCCCGAGCCCCCACAGCCGGGCUUCCAGCAUCGACGGGUCGGUUUCUACCUGCUGGAUUUCGGCCAGUGCGAGUCGGUAGAUCUCAUGCGCGAACAUGUCGAUGUCGUAUACCAGGCUUUCAAGGGUGCAAUGGUCACCGGGGACAACCAACUGUUCAUCCCGCAUUAUCGGAGGAGUCCGGAGCUGUUCGCUGCAUUCAAGGCCGCAUACAUCGCGACGGGAAGAGUCAUUCUGGCAGAUCAGCGAUGGGGGGACAAGUUCAGCGUGGAGGAAUUUAUGGAGGAAUAUCAAGAAUACGCCGAGGAUUUCUUAGUGUGAUCACAUCGAGGUACUAUCAAGUUACCUAGGCAACAUUCAUUCCGGCAGACUUGAUGGCACUCGGAGAACAAUCCGAGCCUGGGCUGGGGGCAGGCCGGCAGGAUUUCUAGCAGGUGGCAAUAUGUUCUUGCCCUGCCAUGACCAUCGCUAUUGCUGUUGCUCUCUAUCGCUAUUGCUGUUGCUCUCUAUCGCUGUUUCCGUCGUUGCCCAUCGCCAUUGCCAUCGCUGCCCA